AUGGAUCGUCCCAUUGGACAUAACUUUGACAACCUGCUCAAUUUUCGUGAUGUGGGAGCUCACAUCAACACCAUCCUGGGAGCUCAAGUUCUCCGCCCGGGUCUCCUUUUCAGGAGUGCGCGACCGGACGACACCAGCGCGUCCGACCGCGAUGCAUUGGUCAACAAGUACAAGAUCAAGACGAUCAUCGACCUUCGCUCCAAAACAGAACACAUCAAUGCGGCCACGAAACGGUCCGGAGCUGCUGUGGCGGCACAACCAGCGCCUUCGUCCAAUGAGACCAUCGCUGCACCGCUCCAAAUACCUGGCAUCCGUUACGAGCACAUCAAUCUCAACGGCAAAGGCUUUGAACGACAUCUGAUCUGGCAGCUGAAGUAUACCAGUCUUGCCAAGCUGUUGUUCUUGAUGGCUUUGGGCUAUCGGACAGAAGGUAUAUCGGUGCUUGGAAAAGAAUUGAUGCUGCCACGGGGCCUCAUCGGCCUCGGGAUUGACACCCUCGACCACAGCCAACCUGAGAUCAAACAAGUCUUUGACGUCCUCGCCGACGAGGCACGGUGGCCUGUCAUGAUCAAUUGCACCCAAGGUAAGGAUCGAACCGGAAUGAUAAUAUUGUUGGUGCUGCUGUUGUGCGACAUCGAUUUGAAUGCUGCCAGCAAGGACUAUGCCAAGUCUGAACCGGAACUCGAGCCAGAGAAGGAGGAAAGGAUGAAAGAGAUCGAAGGCAUUGGUCUAGACGAGUCGUUUGCGCAGUGUCCGCCAGACUUUUGUGAGAAGAUUGCCCGGCACCUCGAGACAACUUAUGGCGGCCUUUCCACCUACCUGGUUCAGAUUGGCGUUGAUCCCCAGCAAACCGAGCGCAUUCAAGACGUACUCAAAGUCAGCCUGCCGUAG